GUUGACGUGUGCAUUAAUUGCCUUCAAAAACUCACCCAAAUAAGAUGUCUUCCCUAAAUCGCGACGAAAUCCUCCUUUUAUUCGAUGUCGAUGGCACCCUCACGCAACCUCGAUCCACAGUCGAGCCCGAAUUUGAGGAUUUUCUCUACAACGAAGUGAAACCGCGCGCUACAAUCGGCAUCGUUGGCGGCAGUGACUUGGAAAAAAUGUUCGAGCAGCUGAACGGGCGCAAAAUUCUCGAGCACUUUGACUACAUUUUUCCCGAAAAUGGCUUGGUGCAGAUCGAAAAGGGCGUCGAAGUGGGAAAAGCUUCGAUUCAAGACCACUUGGGCGAAGCGACACUCCAACGAUUCAUCAACUACGUCUUGCGGUACUUGUCGGAGCUGGAAUUGCCGAUUAAGCGAGGAACGUUCCUCGAAUUUCGCAAUGGCAUGAUGAAUAUUUGCCCAAUUGGCAGGCAGUGCACGCGCGAGGAGCGAAAUUUGUUCAAUGCGUACGACAAUGAGCAUCAUGUGCGUGAAAAGAUGAUCGCGGCGCUCAAAAAGGAGUUUCACGAUGUCGAUUUGACGUACAGCAUCGGCGGGCAGAUCAGUUUUGAUGUUUUCCCCAAGGGAUGGGAUAAGACGUACAGCUUGCGACAUGUGACGAAAGGCACGAAUUACAAGGAAAUUCACUUUUUUGGCGACAAAACAGAACCCGGCGGUAAUGAUCACGAGAUUUUUAAUGAUCCGAGGACAAUUGGGCAUAAAGUUGCGUCGCCGCAUGAUACGAUGAGGUUUUUGAAGGAAUUAUUUGGGUUGAAUUAAUGUUUUUUUUUUUUGUUUUUUGCAUUCCAAGUUGAAUUUUCCAAAGAGCAUUUAUUUUUUUGUGAAUUGUUUAUUUUUUGCACUUCCUGUUUUGAUUUAAAAAAAAAUACGUAAUAAAGAAAUAUUUUCAUGUUUA